CAAUUUCAUCGGGCUUGGCCUAUAAUGUUUAAUGUAUAAUAAUGUAGUGUCAGUACAGUUUACUCUUUUAAAUAAUAAUUUGGACUAUAAUUUUAUUUAAUAUUUAGUUACCUGCCAUGUACCUAAGCCUACAGUAGGCAUAUCGUAUCCAGACAACAAUCGUACUGAAUUCAUUGUCCUUUUCUUUGACUGACCUAAUGCUGCAAAGUAAGUCUGAAUAUCCUUUCAAUAAUGUUUUAUAUUAUAAACUGUCAUAAGAUUACAACUACUCAUAUGGUUACUAUAAAAUACUAUUUGUAAGUAUUCAAGAAUUAACUACUCCUACUUCCUGAUGAUUCUAUUUAAAUAUAAAAUCAAUUUCUAAAGUUAGAUCAGUCUUGUACUGUUCUGAAUACAUAAGUCCACGUUUGUAGAGAAAUAGGGGUUGUCGCAUAUAUCUCGCGAAGUCACGUAUUGAUCUGUGGCGAGUUUUAUACGUAAUAUCAAUUUAAACGUUUUAGAAAAUCAUUGUUUAUACGGUAACCGACUUUUGUAUCCUCAAAAUUAAAAUAUUCUUGAAUAUUAUUGUAUAUAAAGGAAAAAGAAAAUUUAAAUCACCCGGUUAAGCGACUGUGAUUCACGAAGUAUUUUAGGUCCUGCCGAACACUUAAAAUAGGUGAAAAGUUGCUAAACAAAUAACAGAAUUGAAGAAGUUAAAUAAAUUAAAUUUAAUACGUACACAUUGAUUUAAUCGAGUAUCCUUGUUGAUUUAUUACAAAGAAACAUUUGACAAACUGAUAUUUUAUACAUCGAUAUAUUGGUCUAAGAAAUGAGCGUUGUUGAUAUUGAAAGAUACUUUUCACAUACAUGAUUAAUGUUUGAAAAUAUUAACUAGUUAUGAUUUUUAAAAUAAAUGAUUUAUAAACAGAAAAUAAGAUACAUGAAAUUAUCUUUCCCGCGUUACAAUAUUCUUAGUAAUGACAUUUAUCAAUAUUUCUGUGUCAAUAUCCUUCCUUUGACUUUCGAUGGCACAGAACUUAAUGAUUCUAGAGUUUAUAAUACUAAUUAUUUAAUCUGUAACAUGAAGAAGUUAAAAGGAUGGUACAAUAAGAUAAACUAUAAAGGGAUUUGUACAAUUAUUUUACAGUUGUAUUCAUUAAAAACAGUUUUAUCGUUUUUUUUACAUGAUUAUGUAUAUUAAUUUAUGUAAUAAUAAGGAGGAAAAAAUAUUAUAACAUAUAAAUUUAUUUUGUGAAGAAGUUCCAUAUUAACAUACAGCAGUAUAACUCGUUUAAAAUAGUUGGCACCAUUGCGUGUCAGUUAUAUGAUGUAGUUCAGUUCAAAUGUGUGUUUGAUUACAUUUUAACUUAUUAUGAAAACAGUGGAUUACUCGGUCGUAGUUCAGUAUCAAAAUAUUUUACUAUAAUUUAUGACUCGAUGAUCUAGAUUUUCAUAGUAGAAACAUGUUGAUAUACGAUGUUUUACACAAGGAAACAGUGUAUCAUUCCGUUGUUAGUGAGCUUCGAAACUAUGGGGUUAGAUACCGGUUCAAGAAGAGUAUGUUCAAAACUGAAAGGCUCGAGGGAAUUAAGCAAAUCACGAAGAAAAUAUUUAAAACGCCUCUAUCUUAUCAAUCGUUGGAUGUCGUAAAUCUGUCAUCAGGUGGUAUUGUACACGUACCCGUUUUCGUUAGUCAAGCAUCUGCCUUUUUAGAGCAGCAUGCCACUCAAGAAGGAUUGUUUAGAAAAGCAGGAUCGCAACUUCGACAAAAAGAAUUAAUAAACCGCUUGGACAAUGGUGGGAUUUUAGGAGAGAAACAUCAUGCAGUUGAUGUGGCUAACUGCUUAAAAACCUUCUUCAGAGAUCUACCAGAGCCAUUGAUUCCUUACUCGUAUCAUGAUCUAUUCAUACAUUGUGCCAUGCUCAAAAGCUAUCGUGUAGAAGCAUUAUUAUUAGCCUGCAUUCUUUUACCACCGCAUCAUCUUAAUACCUUAGCAUUUUUUAUGGAGUUCCUAAGAAAAAUAUCAUUAUAUGAAAAUCAAAAUAAAAUGAGCAUUGAUAACUUAGCAAAGGUCAUUGGGCCAAAUAUUAUGCCCUUACAAGAAACUACCAUGUCCGCUGUGCAGAUGCGUCUUGAAUUGCAUUUGAUUGUUGUAAAGAUUCUAAUUGAAAAUGCAGAAAAUAUCGGUGUUUUGCCAGUUCAUAUAACACAAGCCAUUUCUAUGGAAACAAUUGGAAGUACGGAUAAUGAGUUAGAUGUAUAUGAUAAUCAUUCGCGUUUCAAAUCAAGGAAAAAGAAACAUCGCAGUGGAAGUCUUACACGUAAGCCACACCUAAGUGCCUCCAACCUCAAUCUAAGAAUGUUUAAUGGAUUAAAGAAGAUUGUUGGUAAAGCUGCUGUAUCUGAAGAAGGUAACAUGCUUGAUAACCAACAAGUUCCUGAAAAUUGUGAUCCAUUACAUGUGUCAAAUAAUAAGUACACAAAGAAAAGGAAAGUUGCUGAACGAGUGGAUCCAUCAAGUACCAAGAAAAAAAGAGUUGUAGAUAAAUCAGAUAAAUCUAAGAAACUAAGACUUAGUUUAGAUCGUUUUGUACCGAGGAAACCAAAAACCGUUGAUGAAGAUCCAGAAUCAUAUACAAACGCUUUUAAUACCUACACAGAACGCCGUUGGAGUUCUAUUUCAAACGCGUGUGACUCGCAAAGAAACUACAGAACAUAUAGCAAUGAUUCAUCGCAAUUGAAACUAAUUCUAAAAGACAGCGAAGUAACAAAUGAACUUCAGAAGGAAUAUAACAAUUUAUUCAUUGAUGCAGAUGUUAAUUUAUCAGAUGAUAGCGACGAGCAGGUCUUGUUAACAAAAGCUGAUGAUAUUAACAUUAGAAAAUGUUCAAGUUCAGAGGAAUUAAAGGAAUUAGAUAACUUUUCAUACCCACUGAGAAGAAGAUUAACUUUAAAUAAUUUUAAAACAUAUUCGCACAUCGAGGUCUCAUCUAUGGACAAUCAAUCUGAAGAAUAUGUUACAAUACCCAAAAGUGAAUAUGAAGAUAUUAAAAAUAGAGUUUCUGCAAUUGAAUCUCGCCUUUCUCAAGAAUUUGCGUGCGUGGAUAAUGAAGAAAACGUUAGUUUGUCACCACCUUCCGUAAAGAAAGUUCAAACUGCAUAUGAAAAGACUCUGGAGGAGGCUAGCAUAGAGAACACAACAAGUACAGAUUAUUUAGCUAGAAAACUUGGAAAGGAGCUUAAAAUUAGAAGAUCCGGUGAACAUAAAAUCAUAAGAUCUCCUAGUGCUCGGAAGAUAGGUAAUCUAAGAAGGAGAUCGCAGGAGAGGGUUAUGAGUAAACGCAUUAGACGAACUGCUUCCUGGCACAUUUCUCAUGGAUCAGAUGUACACACUCAAAUACCAUCUGAUCAGGAAUUAAAUAACAGUUACCAUCGUAACCAAAACACUUCUUCAUCGAAUUGUAAAAACACCGAGAUUUAUUUAAGACCUGUAUCCACUUCUCUUUGGGAAGAGGAGAAAAAUAAUGUUAUUCUAAACAACGUACGCGAAGAGUUCAAUGGUAUAAAUACGUGUCCAACAAAACAUAGUCUAACUUCUCUUGGAACUGAAGUACUGCAACCAAUAAAAAAUAGAACACAUGCGACGGUUCGACGGGUAUCGUCUUUUCAUGGCAACGAAUUAAUGAAUACUGCAAAUAUCUUUUCUGAUGAGAAGAUUGAAAAACUAAAGAAAACGAAUAGUCAGCAAAACAUUGUGUGUAAUACACCUGUUAUCGGUACAUUAACUCCCAAACUUGAUUGGAAGAAAUCAGCCAUGUCAUGGAAAGAUGCUGAAGGAUAUUUCAAAUCAACAAAUCAAACUAAUACUCCAGUAACUCAAACUGGUCGUGCGUCAAUCGCUAAAUUGAGAACUCAGAAUGCUGGGAUGGUACUAGCCAAAGCAAAAUUAUUUGACGAAUGUACAACAAAAAUGUAUGCUCAAAAUGCUGAACCAAAUAAAAGGCAUAAUUGGUCCAAUAUAAAUGAUAAUCAAUAUUCAAACGAUUUAAAACAUUGUUUGGAAAAGACAGAUGUAUGUCGGAAAUCGAGUAAAAAUGUAAAACAUAAAAAUACAAAAUUAUUAUGUAAGAACUCCCCGUCUCAUGUUACUGUGGAGACAGGCAUCUCGCCUUUAAAUCAGUAUGACGGUAAACCAUAUUAUACUUCGCAGAAUUCAGAGAUAAUCGUUAAUACGCCGAGAGUAAUAACGAAUAUGCAAAUUAAUGUUUUAUCUAACGUAGCACGUUGUCAGAAAGAAAAUGUGAUUGUGAAAACACCAUCAAUGUUGGAUCAAGUACCUAUCAAUACGAUCUUAGAUGAUUCCAAAUUAAGUGUGUAUAAACCAGAUGGUAGUUCACUUUGUAGAACUCCACAUAUCAAAAAAUCAUUAACCAUAAAAACACCAAAAAGUGCUAGAACAUUAGUGAGAAGGCCUAUAGUAGAUUCUCGUAGAACACCGUUAAAGGCUGUUGGUCAAUUAGGUACUCCAAAAUAUCAGAGCCCCAAAGGUAUCUUGAAAACACCAAGGAGUAUUAGACAUGCUUGAGCUAUCAAUGUACAAAUUUAUUAAAACUGUGUUCAACUUUGUAAUCUAUGCUAUUAAGCUUUUGAAUGUUCAAAGUAAUGAUUUACAUUAUAUUGAACCAUAACUAUAAUAUAAAUACAACAGUGACACUUAUAAUUUAGACUUUAACAGAAAUACUAUUUUUCUUAUACUUACAAUGUAAGUGGUUGUUGAAUCAGAUAUAUUACAGUAUUCUUCAGUACGAACAUACUUGUGUAUGUAAGAGGAAUAAUUUUUCAAUAUAAAAGCAUUGAAAAUUUUUUAAAUUCAGCAAACAAAUUUGCACUUUCAAUCAAUUGCAGAGUUGUAUAAAAAUAUAGAACUCUUGCUGCAAAACUUUACAUAAUGUUUUAUAUACAUAUACUGUAUUCGUUUUUGUUUUUUUUUAUACAUAAUAUGUUUAACUAUGUUCAAAAAUAUUUUAAUUUUUAACUCAGAUACUGCUAUCUAGUACUCCUGUAUUUGUGCCAUGUAUUUCAACUAUGUUAAUGUAACAGUAUUUUGCUAGACUUUAAUUAAAUCAUUAAUAUAUAUGUAUAUAUAUUUUUUACUGUAUUAACUGUUUUUUAAAUUCUUUCCUAUAAGAUAAGUGAAAAUAAAACGACAAACAUUGCGUAAAAUUUUAUAAAAAGCUCUCGAGGGUCAAAGGUCACCUUCGAUUAUUUUGCUUGAGUAGUCACAGACUUAAGAUGUGUACAGACUGUGCAUACAAUGUAUUUUUCGUUUACUGUUCUGAAAUACCGACACUAUCGAAAAUACUCAGAUACAUUAGCGGAUUCUACCCGAACCAAACGGUCAACUACUGAACUAUGUAAGACUGCAACAUGAAAAGUGUGUGUUUUGGGAGGUCAAUUUUUACAUUGUGCAGAUUUUAAAAAUUAUAUUGUGUUGAGUUUGGAGAGUUAUGUAAAUACUACUUCCAUCAUUUAAAUGUAUCGUCGUUUUGAUAGCAGCGCCUUGUUCAUUCUACAUAGUUAAAUCUUACAGCUGUUGAUACGUAAAUUAUUGGUAGAAAAAGUGUCACUGA